UACUAUCUUGUUUGUUUAGUAUCCUUAUAGAAGAGGCAACAACUAUGAAAAUUUCAUUCGACUCUCUUGAUUUCUAUUUACGUGUCAUAGUGAAUAUUCAAAGAGACUUCGUUAUGUUCUCGAUAAGACCAUCACUACCCAGGCAUGUACAAAUAGAAACACCGUAAACACAUCCACUCUUCAUGCUUCCAAUGUUCCACCGUAAAGCCUGAACGUGAAAAGAACUAUUCCUUCCUGAACCUAGCCUUAGCCUUACAACCCACGCACGCCCCCAUUGAACCCACAUACUCGAAUCGAACCAUUCUCGAAGGUUAGAGAUCCGCGAGAAAAACAUCCUAUUUUUUCAUUCGUCAAACGUAACGUAGAAAGCUUUGUGUAAAGCCCAUGAACCAACAAAGUUUAUUGCGUUGUUUUGCACACUUUGCACCGGAUAGGGAAAACGCUAGCUUUCAAGGACAAUUUGGGGACAAGCUCUCGGGACAGAUGGUUACCUCCGUGCUGCAAACGGAAAGGACACAUUUAUGGUUACACAAUCUGGUAAAGCAGAUUAAAUUUUCAUCACAUUUGCAUUUCCCUCGCCACGUACGGAAUGGUGCUGGAUCGUAUUUACGGGUUGAUUGUACAAUCUAUGGAAUUGUAUCUUUAUGUUUAAUGAUGAGCUGUAUACGUGCUCUUCACGCAAAAACACAUCUUUUGAGUGGUUACAUAUUUUAAUAAAAAAAGAAGAAUAUUUUAAUUUGUUUACUCUUGGAAUGUUACGAAAUCCAGGAAGUUUCAGGACAUUAUUUAGUUAUAAAAUAAGUACAGUAAAAUAUAUUAUGAGACAAUUGUCACUUAAAAGCAUCAACUGGUUAUGAUAACUCGAUAUUUAUACUUCAAAGUCCAAACAAAUUACAGAACAUACUUUAUCUUGGUGGACAAAGUACAAGUGGUAAUUGUUUUAGUCUCCCUGAGGAUACAAUAAAAACCAAGAAAACGACAGAAAGGUUGGUGCUUAAUUGCUAAUUCCGACAUGAGCAAGGUCAAACGAGCGAUUCCAUGUGCUUCUGAUUCCAUUAGGCGCGUGCCAGCAGCAACAAUUUUAUUUCGUACUUUUAUCGUUCCAUGAAGCUUCCGUCUAUUUAACUCCUGCCAAUCCGUUCGUUAGACUAGAACAUUUCGUGACAAAAAAGCAUAUGACUUCAGACACCGUUUUUUUUUUCAGAUUUAAUGGUUAUAACCCACUUUAAGUUAGUGGAAGGCACCUACCUUUUGCUGCUGCUUCUGCGGUACAAAUCAAUGAAAUCCUCAACCGUACAACCAUUUCUGUUGAAUGUAUUCAUACCCCGUAAUGGAAUUAAUUUGUCGUUAACUGUUUUCUUUUCCAAACAUUUCCAUUCCAAUGCUGUUGCUUGUUGUUUGUUCCCCGUUUGUUGCUACGUGUUUUGUACCGUCCUGCCGUAAAUGAUCUUGUGCUUUUCCUUCAUUUGUUUUUUUUACGCUCCCGAACGUUUUCACUACAAUUCCGCACGGAAACUUUCGAACGCAGACAAAACGGAAGCGAACAACCUUCCAGCUUUGCAACUAUUUCCUGCCCUGGAACGGGCACCAACACCAUUUUCCAUCAACCUUGUCGUCGUCGGGCGUGGGAAAUGGGUAGCACCCCUUCGGCACGGGACCUUCGGUAGGGGUGUAAUAAAGCAAGCAAACCCGUCCUAUUGCGUGAUAUUACGCAACUGUAUAUAGCGAUACGUGUUUUGACAACUUUAGCUUCUUAGAGAUGCCUUGUCCGCUUCACCGGCUCUUCCUGUUUUAUACCUCUUGUUCGUUCAUGUUCAUGUUGUUAUUUUGUUUUUCUUUUCUGCUCAUUUGACACUUUUUCCGUUCGACCUGAUGCGUAAGUGCGCACGUGUGUGUGUGUGUGUAUAUGUGUGUGAGAGAUUGUUAGCAUUCCGUCUGGACUUUUGUUUCGUGUUCAAGAGCCAUUUUGUUCUCAUCUCUAAUUGCAUCUCUUUUUUCUUUCUUUCUCUUUUUUCUCUCCGUAUAUCUUAUAGGUAUGUAAAUGCGCCAUAUAUUGUGAAAAUAAUCAUUCAUUUAUUCGUUACUUCAAUAUUCAUUUCAAGUCAUUCAAGCUUGCAGUGUAUUUAUGGCAUAUUUUAUCAUAUUCUUACUUUCACUUCUAUUCGCUCUAUUUCUAUCUUUUUUCUAUUUCUAUUUUUUCGUUCUAGUCUUUGAAAACACCUAAGAACAAUGCUAAUGAUUUAUCAAUUUCAUGUGUUUAGGCUGUAAACUGUAUGCGUGAAACUAUCAAAAACCGGUCAGCUUGCGAUCGACACAAUCAAAUAUAACAAACCAACGCCAAAAAGAUCGUGAAGGAACAAAAUAAACUGUGAACAUACGAAGCAUUUGUUUCUGGUUCGUUGUUGUAGUGGUGUUUAUCGUGGCGCAUGACAUAUCUAGAGCAGAAAAGUACGAGCUUUACCUAAUCUACCAGUAAAUAGUGGUCAUUUCGAUGGUGCAAAUAGCUUCAGCUGGUUGGAAUCACAGCCAAGAAUGCUAACCGUAGCAAGGAGAAAAAGAAAAAAAAAACACACUUACAUGCGAUGCGUCUCCACUAAUCGACGCGGAUCAUUUGUAGGCCACCAUUUUGUACCAUCCAUCGUGCACGGAAUAAUAGCAGCGGAAUAGGAUAAGGAUCUCCCAGGUUCUACGGGCAGCCUCUACGGGCAGAGUCUUCAUAUCGAACCCGCGGACAAGUUGCUGCAGUUGCUUCUUCUUCCUAAUUCUUCUUCACCGUAUUCUUGUUACCGUAUUCUGUGUCUCUCUACUUCUGCAUGUCCCACGUCAUGGAGGUCAGAAGGAAAAUCAAAUUUCUCAUACCCUCGACCAUACGCGAGGUGAAGCAGGAUAAAUGUUGACAUUCAGGUGUUAUUUGUUGGUAACCGUCUGGUGUUAGGCUCGACGGUCAUCUUGAACGGGAUUCCUUGGGCAAACGGUACGACGGUACGUUACGGCUGCUUAGAAUCCGCCGGGAAAAGCAACCAGCUUGACCACUUGCUCCUGCUACUUUGCUGCUGUGUUUUUUUUUUCCUGUUUUCAUUUGCCUGAGAUUGACCUGACUGUUCUGAAACGUUUUGUGUUAAUUGUUUCUGUCAAAGAAUCUUCUACCACUACUGCCGGGUCCCGUAUAUGGGCAUUUCUUGCUGCGCUUGCUGCUACUUUCGUUAGUGCAAACUAUGUACUUCUCUCAGCAAAUAACUGCAAAACUUCAUAUGGAAUGAAAAAGAUGGACCCGACGAAUCCGAGUGCAGCAGCAACAGCAUCCGGAGGGGCAAUACUACCAACAUGUUCAACCAUAUCGUCCGCCAGCUCACAGAUGCACCACCCGAAUCCGGCAUUCGGUGCGAUCGGAGGUGCCGCAUCCGGCCAUGGGGCCACCGGAAGUGGAUCCGGCGGCGUCGGCGGUGGAGACCAUGCGUCGAGUCUGCUCAGUCCGACCCUGCUAUCGCCGGGGACGAACACCGGCACGGCCUCGAUUGCGACCUCGCGUGACGAGGAGGACGACUCCAGCAAUCAGGCGUCGUCUGGCAGCAAGGGUUCCGGCCAGCGAACGAAGUCGAACCAGCGAUGGAUGAAGUUGCGUACGACGGUACAAAUUUCCUCUGCCAUGCAGAAGAAACCACCUCUCAAACGGGAGGACUCCUUUCUGAAGCGGUUUUCCACCCGUCAGAUACCGGAGGCACAGGAAACGGUAGAGGACACCGGGUCCGAGGGUGCGACUGAUGCAGAAAAAACGGUCCGUCGGAGACGUCGGUUCGCCAAGAUACCGCGCACGGUCGUAAAUCCGGACGAAAAUUUCUAUUUCUACUGGCUCAUGCUGGUCACGAUCAGCAUACUGUACAACCUCUGGACGCUGAUCGUGCGGCAGAGUUUCCCGGAGCUGCAGAGCAAUGCGAGCCGCUUCUGGCUGUCCUGUGAUUGCCUCACCGAUAUAGUAUUCAUCUUCGACGUGGCGGUACAGCUGCGCACCGGCUACCUGGAGCAAGGUCUGAUGGUGUACGACUCGCGGAAGCUGGCCGGACACUAUUUACGAUCGCGUGCUUUUCUCCUAGAUUUGGCGGCGCUAGUGCCGCUAGACAUUUUGCAGUUCCGGUUGGGCAGUCAGCCGAUGUUACGAUUUCCGAGGUUUUUCAAAGUCUAUCGAGCGGUCAAGUAUUACUACAUCGUAGAGAGUCGCACCGUGUGGCCUAACCUGUGGCGCGUAGUCAACCUGAUCCACAUACUGCUUAUACUCGCCCACUGGUUCGGGUGCUUCUACUUCCUGCUGUCCGAGGCAGAGGGCUUCCAGGGUGACUGGGUGUAUCCUUACCGGCCGGGAGACUACGCCACGCUCACCCGCAAGUACCUCGGUAGCUUGUACUGGUCGACGCUAACCCUCACGACGAUCGGUGACCUGCCGACGCCGGAAACGAAUGCCGAACCGUCACAAUCGGCGGACGGCCCUAGAUCACUUCCCAGGCGCGGCCUCAAAUCCAGACUGCUGCAGUUCAACUCGGCUCGCGGGUAUGUAUUCACGAUAGUUAGCUACCUGAUCGGUGUCUUCAUCUUUGCCACCAUCGUCGGCCAGGUGGGCAACGUCAUCACAAAUCGCAAUGCCAACCGGUUGGAGUUUGAACGACUUCUGGACGGUGCGAAGACGUACAUGCGUCACCACAAGGUGCCUGGCGGUAUGAAGCGGCGCGUACUCCGAUGGUACGACUACAGCUGGUCACGCGGCCGGAUACAGGGCGGUGGAGACAUCAACACUGCGCUCGGGCUGCUGCCGGAUAAGCUUAAAACCGAACUGGCCUUACAUGUCAAUUUAAGCGUGCUGAAAAAGGUGACAAUAUUUCAAGAGUGCCAGCCAGAGUUUCUGCAUGAUUUGGUGCUGAAAAUGAAGGCCUACAUCUUCACGCCGGGUGACUCGAUCUGCCGGAAAGGUGAGGUCGCCCGGGAGAUGUUCAUCAUUGCCGACGGCAUCCUGGAGGUGCUGAGCGAAACCGGCAAGGUGCUGACCACGAUGAAGGCGGGCGACUUUUUCGGUGAGAUCGGCAUCCUUAACUUGGACGGACUGAACAAACGGACAGCCGAUGUGCGCUCGGUCGGCUACUCGGAACUGUUCUCGCUGUCCCGCGAAGACGUCCUGACCGCGAUGAAGGACUACCCGGAAGCACAAGAGAUCCUGCAGACGCUGGGUCGGAAAAGACUGAUGGAGGUGCGCUGUGUCAAUAAGAAGCACGCCAACAAGCACGCCGCUAAGGAACAUGCCGGUGAUCGUAGCUCAAAUACCCACAAUAACCAAGGUGAUAGUAGUGAUAAUAGUGCCUCAAAACGUAUCGUAGAUAAGCUUAGGAGUGAUGUUAAGGGACUGAAGAAUGUUCUACGCAAGUCCAGGACGGGAACAACCAGACGUAGCAAUGAAUCGAUCGAGAUGCAACCAUUGCAUGGGAACGCAACGUCGGGCGGCGGUUCGGGCGGAGCCGGAAGCGGAGGGAGCGGUGGAAGUGGCGGCAACAAAACGCCCAAAACGAUGCUGAAGCGCAUGCCGCGCGUCAAAUCGGACGACAUUCAGACGGAGGACGAGGGCAAGGACAAUGACAAGGUGCCGAGCCCGAUCGGUGCCGGGCUUCCGCUGCUGCAACGACUCCGGAUGCUCAAGGAAAAACAAGAUCGUGAAGAACGGGCCGCGAAGGCUACUGCACAAAUAAUCUCACCUCCGCAUACUCACGUAACCUCUGCCAUAUCACCACAGGAAUCGAUACAGGAAGAACCGGAACCGGAAGUGAUCGGCGCUGGGUUGCCGCUGAUGCAAAGACUGAAAUUGCUCAAAGCGAAAGAGGAUCGGCUAGCGAAGGAAAGCCAAUCGAAGCUGCAAGUGACAUCGAACCAAACGUCAAGCUCGCCAUCGAUAGUGCAGAGCAUGAGCCCGACGUCUCCGACGGUAAAGGCACCGCCGAGCCCAAUCUUGAACACCACUGGUGUGGCAGGACAUCACGUUAAACCGACGAUGCGCGUAUCCUUCAAGGACCGAAUCCGCAAUCUACACCACCAAGAUUCGAAGCAUCACGGCGAAUCGAAACCAUCCUCGGUACCCAUCACGAUUCACGAGACCACCGACAUGAAGCAACAGCUGCUACAGAAUGUAGUGACACACGGUAAAACAGGAACAGGAACGCAACAGCAGCAGCAGCAGCAACAACACCACCAUCCGGCCAAGCCGUCCACCGCGCAAUCCCUUAAGGAUAAGAUACGCUCGCUCGGCCAUCUCAAGGGGGACGAUCAGUUGAAGCCAUGGUCCAAGCUGAAGCUGGCGACGGUGGUGAGUCUCGGUGGAAGCUACACGAGCCUCAACAACGCCGCAUCCGAGGAGUCGCCGAUAUUGAAACAGUCAAAGCGCAACCGUCUCAAAACUUCCAUUCCGGCAGAUCUCAACCUAAACUCGCUCGUUUCGAUGACGCCUCCGCCGAUUUCGUCUGCGCCUCCGACAACCUGUGCUCCUCCGACGUCCUUCUUGCCGAACAAGAUACUUUCCUGUGCGGCAGGCGAAGCAGCCUCCGUCAGUGAUAGCGAAGUGGCAAGUGGAAGCCGAACGCACCGCGCCACUACUUCGUCAAGUUCCGCAAGAACCGUUCCGGCCAGGGUACGCAUGAAACCGAAGCCGAUAAAACUGGUGUCCAGCGAACCGAAGAGCUAUCUCUCGAUCGACGAUCUAUCGCCCGAGUACUGCGGUCUACCCUUCGUCAAAAAGCUGAAGAUUCUGAACGAGCGCCAGAAGCUGGCCGAGCUGGAGUCGGCCAUUAAAACGCGCAGCCUUAGUCUCGACUGUACCGAUUCGAACACCAGUACCGCCAGCACGUACGACCUCCUAGAUCAACUGACACGCAGCCAGAGCGAAGGUUCCGGCAUGGCGCACACUGUCCGCUCGAAAAGCGAGUCGCCCAAACGAUCCGACUCGAACGGUUUGCUGCCACUGAGUCCCGAGUCAAACGAAACGCUCGAACGGCGCCAGCUGAAGAGCAUACUGAAGAAGCUGUCCGAGGACAAGGCAGCGCUAGAACAACGCCCAAACCGCGACCUCAAGAAGCUGAUGCGAGCGCAGACGGUCGAAGGGUACGUUGCCAGACACAGCAAAUUCACCAAAAGCGUCACCUUCCAUAGGAACACACUCUCUAGCCCUCCCAGCAGUGCUGCCCAGUGUGACUCUAUUGAAGAACGUAGUCUUUUUCCCCUUCUUAGCGCACAAACGGCCACCGGCACUGCACCGGGCGUGCCGCAAUCCAUAUCUGCGGCACCGCUGACACCCUCGUCGAAUGCUGACGACCGUCUGUCGGUGGCCACCACCUCCAUCGAACAGGAACACGAACGCUACUAUCAGGUGCUCCACGAGGAGCACCACCAACAUGCCGAGCACCACCGAGAGGAGCAUCGCCAGUACCAUCGGAUAUCUCCGACAGGGCUACCGGGGCUGGACGGGUCGGGCCGAACGGUGGGCGACGAAGAAACGCGCAACGCCCUGGCGGUCAUCAGCAAUGGUGAUGCGCACCGGGGCUUUCCUUACGAUCCGCACGUCGAUCCGGAUAUCGAUCUCGAUCCGGAUGGUGCGGAUCCGACAAACCGGUCCUCCCUUUCCGCCCUGGCCAGUCAGCGAAAACUUAUCAAAGGUUCGCUGGAGGAGCAGGAGUUUUUCGGCGAAGUGCUGCUGGGCAUCAAGCAGGUCAUCCAGACGCAUAUGAAGGAGAUACAGGUGAAGUUUCAGGACGAGUUCUUUAACCUGGAGCUGGAGGUAAAGAAGCGGGACGACAUCAUAUCAAAACUGCAGAAUCGCAUCCUGGAGCUGGAGGCUGAGCAGCAGGGACUGGUGGGAUUACAAGUGCAACUGCCACCGGAACAGGGUGAUACGCCUUACCGCAAGUCCGGAUCAUCUGGAUCUGGCAGUACCGGGUCGUCUAACGAGUUGCCGUUCAUGCGAGGUGACUCUCUGGACACCAUUUUUGCCUCCUCUCCACACUCCGACUCGGAUGCACCGCGACAACCGAAAACACGUAGCAGAAAGCCUCGUACAUCACCACGCCAUCGGCAGCUACGCAAUCGUCCCACCUGGGACGAAUCUACCGAUCAGGAUAGUUUUGAACGUAAAGAUUCGCCACCGCUUGGUGUACGCCAACUGGCCGGAAAUGGUUCUUCUGGGCCACCACCUCCGGUCCCACCGCGACGACUGUCCGCCACAGCAACGUCUACCACCACCGCCGUCACGAUGUCCUCCACCACGGACCGUAUCCGCAGUCCGUACCGAGAUUUGGUCAUUUCCGAACUCACGGGCAACAUCAUCUCGGACAGUGUGAUCGUGAACAUUGAGGCCACGUCCAGCUCGCAGUCAGAAUCGCAGUCCGAAACCGAUCAACCGUUCGGUGAGGGGAACGAGGAUGAGGAAGAGGAAGACGAUGAGAAUGGUGAAGCGAGACAGCUUAUGAGACACGGCCGUCCUCGGAGGCGUCCCACGGAAGAUGAUGAUGAGGAUGACGUUGGUGAGGAUGAGGAUGAGGAUUGCGACGAUGAGGCGGAUCUCGGCGAGGAGCUAGAAGGUGAACUGGAGCAGGAAGCCGACGAAGAGGAAGAGGCUGGCAAUGAAGAGGAAGAACAAGAAGAAGAAGAGCAGGAAGAAGAGCAGGAGGAAGAAGACGAUGAGGAGGAGGAGGAGGAAGAGCUCAAUCACAACGACUGGGAGGUGCGAAUGUUGGCGGCGGAACUGAAAAAGCGCGAAAGCAUCAGCACCGACUUUCCGACCGAAUUGGAGGGUGGCGAUGGGUUGGUACGCCGCCGUAGCCACCGUAAGCGUAGCGACACCGAUACGGACGGUAGCGAUGGUACGGAGCGGGACGCAUUCGGGCGGCCCCGUGCCGCCAGCCUCGAUCAGCACAAUCUGCAGCGGCGGGCCGCCUUUGGACGGGCGGGACGGGCACCUACGAUUGCGGGCCCACCGUCGACGAGCGGUCCCAGUGCGUCCCGGUCACGGGGCGGCCUCUUUAAGGCGUUGAGCUUCGACCGCGACAAAGAUCGUCUCUGAGAAUUAAGGCUUCACUGUGAGGUGUGCAUGUUCACGAGCAUCACCAAGGUCGUCGUAAUCGAGUGGCACGGUAACGGUGCUAACGAAGCUACCGGUCGCCACACAUUGACCAAACCGAGCGUCUACCGGAUCGCGUGAGGCGCGCAACAAUUAACACUGUACCGUACGCGCAAUAGUAACCAAAAAAAAAAACAAAACCCUUCCCAAACGAUCCAUGCUGGUGCUUCCAUCGGCUCGGUAGUGAGAUUAACGUAACGCAAUUGGCAAUUUGUUUAGCAAUCGUUGAGCUGAAUACAGCCUCGUACCCAUUCCCGUCCAGAGCAAUGCAUAGCAUGUUGUUUCACGUUUGUGUUGUUUAGGUUACCGUACUAGGUUACAUACCCCAUGCCAUGCUCCUGUGGAAGCGUAGACACAUUACAAGGAGGCGUAGAACUAUAUAGGCAACUCGUUGAGCUUACGGGCAAAGAAAAUACACUUACACGGCACGCUUUCCGUAGCAACAUUUCGUAGAGUUGACGCAUCUGCCGUGCUCUUUAACGAGUUAAAAUAAAUCUAGCACAAAGCAAACCGAUCAACCGGCGUACGUGAUUUCCCAACUGCAAGCGAACACUUCAUUUCCCAAGCGUGAUCGAUCGUUACGUUCCAAUUUGGUGUAGCCUUAUUUCAGUUGAAGUAAGACCGUUUACGUUGAUGUAGGGUUAAGCAUUAUUUUACCUAUAGUGUAACUAGCGACAAACUAUUGUAAUUCGAUCAACAUUUCAAUUGUGAUGUCCGACACACCCCAUGAUACGAUGUCUUAUAGCGGAAAAAACAUUAAAUCAAACUUACUGAUGAGACACACACUGCAGGCGUUACAAUACACUUCAAUAGUUCAGGUUCGUUACAAGCCGCAAACAUUACUAAACAAAACCAAACUAGAUCCACAUGACACAGAGUUUAACGUAAGAUUAGAGAGUGGGAAAUUAGUGGGUUUGUAUUAUAGUGAGGGUAACUCGGUGCGCUACGGCGUACACCAGGGCGCGAUGGACCUAAUGUAGAAAAAAGUUAACGCAAAGAAUGCAUGCGGAAUGGGACGUAGUGAAGCUUAACAUUAUAAUACGAAAAACAAAUCGACCAACAGCACUUUUCAUCGUUUAGUCUAGGAAUGCAAGAAUGUGAGCAUGAACAGGUGAAUCGAAUUUUCCGGACAUGUUCCUGAACCGUCGUUUUUUACCCUUAACCAGUUCGAGUACACAACAAACAAGGCAAGUACGUUAGCCAUGGAAUCAAACGAUGAGAUUGUUGCAGUUAAAUAAUUUUCUGAAAUAGUUUUUUUUUUUCAAAGUGAAAAUAAUAGUAGAUUUUUUUUAUCUGUUGUUACAGUAUGUUAAAUGCGUUCGAAAAUUUCUUACGAGUAAUCACUUUUUUAAUUCUACCAAAGUACCAAACAUGAACUACGAGCGUACGAAUGACGAUGUUGUGUGAAGAUAGGAAAACACUAGUGUAGUUGAAUAUUAUACUGUUAAAAAGAAAUGAUAAAUAGCACUUUAACUUUGCCAAUUAGCAAAAUCACACCGACACUAAAACACACAAAAACACUCACAAACACAUACAUAUGAUUGAAAUGCUAGAAAGGUGAUGAUAGAAAGGAUAUAAUCGCAUACUCAUUUAGACAGUAUAACAAAAUAGUAGAUAUAUUGAUCCUGAUCGCAACAAGACCAAAAUCAAACCGCAGGAUCAACUGAGUCCCAACAAAACAAACAAACAAACAAAAAGAAAAACAAAUACAAAAACAUAUUUAAGUGAUGACGCUAUAGCGAAGGGUAUAGAAAUAACAUAAAACAAACCAAACAAACAAACAAAACAUGAAAAAUGAAGUUAAGCAGGACUAGUAAACCAAACAUCAAUAGCUUUAGUUUAACUGGUUUAGCAACAGAUGGAAACUGUGAUCUGAUUAUGUCUUAUCACACAUUGCACACAUUGAUUUUUGGUAAUUGUGUGUUAGUUUUGCUAGAAUUUACGUACAUUUCGUUAGAUUAAUAAAUUUGUUCAGUAAAAAAUUUUUGGUUGUUUUUUUUUGUAAAGUUGGUGCGAGCAUCAUAACCAUUUCGAUUACACAUUUCCAUGCAAACCAGUUGCCAUCUUUUGCUAAAUUUGUUAUGCCUCUUAAUACAUAAGGUAACGAUUUGUACUUGGUAGUACUUUUAAAAAAAAUUAACUAAACCACAUCCUCCGGCAGCUGGGUUCGAUUCAAAGUGCGCGAAUAGGCAAAAAAAUAGGAAACUGUGACAACACUAGGUGGCGUGGUAACACACACUACAUUUAAGCCCGAGUGUGUAAAAGCAUUUGCACACUUUUACUAGGCUGGAGGUAUUACAAGGCAGAUAUGUAAGAACAAAAAAAAACCAGAAGUUUAAAACCAAAAACAACAACCAAUUGAAGGAGAACGAGAGAACAAUAAAGAGACCACUGUUUUACCCUUAGCAUCAUGGCACAUAGAACGAAACAAAAAAAAAACAAAACUAUAAUGUUUAUAACUCAAAGUGAUUUGAACAUUACAAAACUAUGUAAAAACCAUACAAAACAAAACAAAACACAAAUAAAAACCAAAUUCCUGAAACAAGAGUCGGAUACGUUGAAAAAACGGUUGGAUGGGUUUGAUUUAUUCAAAA